AUGUGGGACAUCGACCGCCAUGCCGCUCUCACAAGUGACGUCGCCGAGCCAUCGAACUUGCACUUUCCGAACUCCUGCUAUCGCCCGGCAGUGAAACCCUACAGGGUGGAGGACUUCACUGACUGGCCGGCUCUGAAGCAGAAGGCCUGGGAGUUCGUGGAUGCUCCCUAUCAGGGAGCCGAGUCCUUGGACUUCAUCUGUCCUUCCUGGUGGAAUGCCACUGGCUGCGAGUGCGAUUGCGGAGAUUGCUCGGUCCUCUUCGGGCAAUGCCCUGUUGGCUUCAUGCUCUUCAGGUCUUUGUCGCUGAUCUGCGGUGCGAAGGACAACAAGAACCAACGCUGGCACGAGCUGGUCAAGAAGAAAUGGGGGCGAGGUCUUCUGGAGCUGGCAAAGCUUCGACUGGGAUUUGCCGACAUCAUCGAGUCCGGCUGGCGCCGCCCAUGA